AUGUAUUCUUUAGUUUAUAUUAGAAUUUUAAUAAUAUUUAUAGGAUUAAUCAAUAUUAAUAAUAACUUACAAAGCUUUGUUGAUGGAUCACUUUAUGUUAAAGGUCCAUAUUUAUUUGAUAAAGGUGAUUUAGUAUUAUUAAGAGGAAUUGCAAGACCUUCUUUAGAAUGGUGGCCAUAUGGAGAGAAAUUAUCAAUGAAAGAUUACCAAAAUAUGAAAGAUUGGGGAUCAAAUGUAGUUAGAUUAUCAUUGAAUCAAGAUUAUUGGUUAAAUACAUCGAAACAUUACAACGCUGAUUACAAGGAUACAAUAAACACUCAGGUUGAAAUGAUAAAGUCACUUGGGAUGUAUGUCAUUCUCGAUUUACAUUGGAGUGAUGAUGGUGAUUUACAAGGAUCACCAUCACAAAAGAUAAUGGCCGAUCAAAACUCUAUCCAAUUUUGGAAGGAACUUGCCGAGACGUAUAAAAACGAUACCAAUGUAGUCUUUGAAAUGUACAAUGAACCAAUGUUUAAAUCUUGGUAUAUAUGGCGUAAUGGAGGUCUAUUUAAAGGUAAAAAAUAUGUUGGUAUGCAACAAUUAUUGGAUACCAUCAGAAAUACUGGUGCCAAUAAUGUAGUCAUUGCCAAUGGAAUGAGAUGGGGAUUUGAUCUAUACCAUGUUAAAUCAUUCUUGUUGGAUGGUUAUAAUAUAAUGUAUGGUACACAUCCCUAUAAUUUCACAGAUAAAGCUAGUAAAUAUUGGGAUCAUCAUUUUGGUGAUUUAUCUGAAAAAUUCCCAAUUAUUGCAACAGAAUUUGGAGAAUUUACUUGUGAAUCAGUAUACACUGAAGAAUUUAUAGAUUAUGCUGAUCGAAAGGGUAUACAUUGGACGGCUUGGGGAUGGUUUCCCAAAGAUUGCCUGUUCCCUUCACUUAUUGUUGAUUGGGAUGGUACUCCUUCAAAAAGUGGAAAAGCUGUUAAACAUUAUUUAUCAAAAUUUAAAAAAAAUAAUAAUAAUAAUAAUAAUAAUAAUAAUAUUAUUCCUCCUAGUCAAGAAGACCUAUUAGAUUAG